GUGCAGGAUGUCUCUCUGACUGGAUCAGGAACUUUCCUUAAGAAACUAGGGAUACUUUUAUGCUCAUAGUUUUUAUAGAAAUGUUUGUUAUGUGAUUACAAUAUUUGAUUCACAAAUGGAAACAUCCAAAACAAAGGAAGGGGUUGUGGCAGCGUUGCCUGACGAUAUGAGACCUGGUCCUGAUCUUUAUGGUUUCCCAUGGGAAAUAGUGAUUUGUGCUGCAGUUGUUGGAGUUUUUGCAGUCUUACUGUUUCUGUGUAGAAGUUAUCAAUCCGUUAGAAGCAGACUUUAUAUAGGAAGGGAAAAACAGCUUGCCAGUAAAGUUGCUGAACUACUUGAAGAGAAAUGCGAAGUUCUUGAAAAACUUAGUCUCCACAAGGAAGAGUAUGAAGACUUAGAAUCAUCUCUAAAGGAUGCCAGUCUUCUGAAAGAGUCGUCAAAUACAUCACAUAUUGAGGCAACCUGUGAAAAACUGAACAGGUCAAACUCUGCACUCAAGGAUGAAAUAGAGAAUUUAGAAAAAGAGCUGGAAGAAGAGAAGUCUAAACGAUCAGAACAGGAUGACUUGAUGGCGGAAAUACAGAGAAGAAUGGAGUCUUUAGAAAAUGAAGCAAAAUCUAUCCAGUCACAAGUGGCAGAAGCCAAGACCACAUUAAAAGUAUUUCACAUUAAUAAAGAGAGACUUGAGACCUCUGUCCAAGAUGCAGUACAGGAAAAUUGUCAUCUUCAGGAAAGCGAGAAACAGCUUUUACAAGAAGCUGAAGGAUGGGGUGAACGAUUUAGUGAACUAAAUGAACAAACAAAAAUGUUUGAAUCCUCUAAAGCAGAUAUGGAGGAAGCUCUGAAAAACAAGGAAAGUCAAGUCAAGUCAUUGACAGAAUGUUUAUUGAAGAUGAAAGACUGGAGCAUAGCAAUAGGAGAAGACAACACUGAAGAUAACCACUGGGAUGUUGAUAUAACAGAAAAUGAUGAUCAGCAAAAACGAACUAUAAAGAAGUUGAUCUAUGCUGCUAAGUUAAAUGCUUGUUUAAAAACCCUGGAAGCAGAAAGAAAUCAAGUAUAUUUAAAACUGGCAGAUGAAGAUAAAGCUAAAGAAGAACUUAAAGAACGCAUUGAAAACCUCCAAAGUGAGCAAGUCUCCUUGCAUUCUGAAAACGCACAUUUUGAAAGUGAACUUCAAAAGCUUCAGCAAAAGCUUAAAGUAAUGACGGAGCUAUAUCAAGAAAAUGAAAUGAAACUACACAGGAAACUAACAGUAGAAGAGAGAGAACGGUUACAGAAAGAAGAAAAACUGUCUAAAGUAGAUGAGAAAAUUAAUCAUGCUGCUGAAGAACUAAACAUUUACAGACAACGAGCAAAAGAUCUAGAAGAAGAGCUAGACAGAACCAUUCAUUCUUAUCAGAGUCAGAUUAAUUCACAUGAGAAAAAAGCUCACGAUAACUGGCUGACAUCCCGGGCAGCGGAAAGACAUCUCGAUGAUCUGAGAAAAGAAAAUGCACACAACAGACAAAAAUUAACGGAAAUGGAAUUUAGAUUUGACCUUUUAGAAAAAGAUCCUCAUGCUCUUGAUGUCCCAGUUAGGCCAUUUGGCAGAGAGCAUUCCCCAUAUGGACCCUCACCCAUGGGCCGACCUUCAUCUGAAACAAGAGCUUUUCUUUCCCCGCCAACCUUAUUGGAGGGCCCUUUAAGACUUUCACCUAUGCUUCCAGGUGGUGGAGGAAGAGGAUCAAGAGGAGCAGGGAACCCUGCCAUGUAUGAAGCUGCUAAUGAAAGAGGAGAAUUGAGCUCUGAUCCCCACAGAGCACCUUCAGACACUGGGUCCCUAUCUCCUCCAUGGGAUAGAGAUCAUAGGAUAAUGCUCCCAUCAUCAGGUCAGCCAUAUAAUGAUCCAACUCUUCCCCCUCGAAGACCAGAAAGAUUUUAUUCUAAUCCUCCAAACUCAGGAAGACUUUCUGGACCAGCAGAACUACGAAGUUAUAACAUGCAGUCUUUUGAUAAAGCAGAUGGGCAAGCAUCUCCAGAAAAUAGUUUGAGGACAGAGCCAAGUGGAAAUGGAACUAAAGACCAUCCCAAUUUUAGUAAUUUCCUAAAUGUGUCUGAUCAAUCACUUGCCUCUGAAAGUGAAGCAAUUGGAUCAGGGUUUGCCCCCCCACCUCUCCCUCCCGUGAGAGCUCCUCUGCUGCCAGUGGAUCCUAGAGGAGCUUUUAUUAGAAGAGGACCUCCUUUCCCACCUCCUCCUCCUAUUGGCAUGUAUGGACCUCGUGAAUAUUUUCCAAGGGAUUUUGCUGGUCUACCACGUCCUUCAGUGGCAAUGAGAAAUCCAUUUCCACUGAGGCCUUUUUCUCAAUAUCCACCACAAAGAGCUGGAUCUUUUCCACCUCCUCCGCCUUCACUUGAAAAUAGGAGUGAGCCUCCUGGGUUAAUUCAUCAAUCAAAUACUCCAGCUACAGGACAUCCAGAGCCACAGCAAGACACCUGAUGCUGUUGUCUGACAUCUUGGGAAUUAACCUGAUGUACUGUUUCUAUACCUGUAAAAUCAUCUUCAGUUAAGUAACUUCUGUUACUUAAGGGAUUCUAUAUAAAUACUUUGCUCAAAUUGAAGCUUAAUAGAAUAAUUCUCAAGAUAGUGUUUUGUAAAUAAGGAUAAAUUAAAUGGCCUCCAUUGUACAGUAGUCAUAUUUUAAAUUAAGUAUUUUUAAUUUGAGUCACCUGUUCUGAAGGUGUACUAAACUAAACUAGAGUAACAUUGAGAACUGUCCAGCUAUUGUGUAUCAGCUGCAUAGGAAAACUCUGCAUUCAAAGAGCUGUGCUUGCUGUAGGAGUAAGACAAAAUGUGAAAAUAACAAAUGUUUGAAUUAAUAAAAUGC